AUGCAUUGUGACGUUUCAGCUCGCUUUGUCAAACGCAAAGCGUUCACGUUUUCUGACCCUCCAUCCACCCGCAUUCCGCUUCCACUUCCAUCUUCUCCCCAUCUCCCGUCCCACCCUUCAUCACCCUGUUCCAGAGUCCCCGCGUUUCUAUUGGCUCUAGAGACUCGCAACCGCCAGCUGGCGCGUCACUGUGGCGCCACGCGUCUGUUCAGCGAGAAGCGCACCACAGCAGCAGCGGCAGCAGCUGCUGCUGUUAAUGGCAACAAGGGUGGUGGUGGUGGUGGCAACGUUUUGAUGCAAUGGAAACCAGAGCCAGACCGAUACUUGCUCCUCUCGUGCCACAAAGGCAAGCUGAGCGAGCGGCUGGUGUGUCUGCAGCACCACCUGCUGCUGGCAGGGCUGCUCAACCGCACUCUUCUGAUCGGCCGCUUUCACAGCAAGGGCGUGCGGGGCGAGCACUCGUGGGAGCUGGCUGUUGAUGUUGGGCACCUCAGGAUGUGCUAUGGCGAGGACACUGUGCUGCUGGCGCAUGAGUGGAGAGCACGGGAGAGGGGGAAGGGGACGGGGAGAGGAGGGGAGGGUGAGGGGGAGGGGAGGAGGAGGGUGCUGGUUGGUCGGGGCGAUGCUGGUUGGGGGGUGAGAGGCGGGGAAGUGGAGGGGGAGGAGCGGUGGAAGGAGGAGGCGGAGGAGGAGGGUGAGGAGGAGGAUGGGGAGGAGCACGAGAGGGGAGAAGCAAGGCAUGGGGAUGAAGAAACGAGAGGGGAAGAAGCAGAGACGGUCCAAUGGAGGCGGUUCCUCAAGGGGAAGAAGAAGCAGAAGAAAGAAACAGAAAAGAAAUCUAAAGAAGACGAGGAGAAUUCGUCAGCAGAAGAGGCUUUCGACCCCGAGGAAACAGCACACCCUAUAGCCAUCGACGCUCUCGUGCCCUGGUACAAGGACAAGUCCGCUCUCCCCAAGAGAUUCCGAGCCCGCCCCGACCUCUCCUUUCCGCGACCCGCCCUCUUUGCGAACCUCACACGCCGAUCCCCACUCCGGUCGUUCCUCUCGGUCUACACUGCGCCGGAGGUUCGCGCUGCACGAGUGCUCUUUGUGGGGGAUUUGCUCUACGCGUUCUGGGAGGUCCCAGAUGCUCCGAAUCUGGUCAACUUUCCGGGUGACGCGCCGUUCGUUCGUUCGCCGGGCUGCCCGAACCCGUACACGCUCCUGCCCAACCGGAAGGUGCUGCGGCUAGCAAAGGAGAUCCAGAAAACUUUUUUCUCGGGCAGUGACGGGGCGAAAGUCCCGUUUUUAGCGGUGAAUUAUGAGAAGAGGGCUGGGUUGGAGGGCCAGUUGUGGUGUGACUUGGGUGGGGAUGCAGAAGCAGCAGCAGCAAGAGCAGCUGCAGCAGAUAAGGAAUCGAAGUCCAAGAUUGGGUUUGUGAAGAAAGGGAAGAGAAGAGGAUUGAGAAGCAUUGAGGAGAGCGUUGGUAACCGUGCCUGCCAGCUGUCAGUUGCUGAGGUGGCAGGUUGCUUGUGGCGCAAGCUGUCUGCUUCAGGCAUUCGACGGCUCUUUCUUGUCACCGAUGCAUCGGAUCAAGAGGUCCGUGAAGCAUGGUACAAGCUGUGGGAGAUCAACGGCGACUCGGUCCGCUUCAUCCUCCCACGCGCCUUUCACCAGCGCAUCCUCAAGCGCUUUCCAGGAACCUUCCAGCAGGUGCUGGACCUGGUGACCAUGGCGAUCAGUGCGCAGGCCGACAUGUUCCAGGGCUCCUUCGGGUCUCUCUUCUCUCUUCAGACCAUGCGCCUUCGGUAUGCCUUUAGCACAGCUUCGUGUAGGGAUGCUGCUCUGGGAGAUGAUUUCCUCUUGCCUGUUGAUACGACCGCCGAUGCCGGCUGGGGAGUGUUCCUAGAUCUCCAGGACAACGGCUUGUGA